UUGACCUCAACAAAUUCAAUGAAGAGCAUGAAACACCCAGUCCGUGGAGUCUGUUGUCAUUUGGUGCUUUCGUAAACGCCUUGGUGAUACUGGCUCUUCAAGUCUGCAGAACGUACAGGGAUCCAUCUGAAGCAAACCAGUGGAGCAAGCCCAGUGAAGCGCUGGAUCAGCUGAUGUCCCUUGCCAUUCUACCUUGGGCUUGCAAAGACCAAGGAAUCCUCUGUGGAGAUCAAGUGAAGACGCUGGAGAUUGGCUGUUAUCUUCAGCCAACAUAUCAUUUUUAUAAGUUUCUGACAAACCUGAGACACAAGAAUGGACGCACCCUUCCUACAAUGACCAUGAGGGAGUUUGUCAUUUGUCUCCGGGACCUUCAGCUUACUGAUGAUGCUCUUUCAAUAAGCGACAUCGUCAGUAUAUUGUGUGCAAAGAAUCCAUUGGCUGGACCCUACAAAGAAUGCAAUAUAGAUUACGAACUAACAUUCUUCGAUUUCUUCGAAGCACUUAUUCAUUGUGCUUUGGCAUUCAUACGCAAUGAGGUGGCGACCUAUGAGGAAGUAACCAAAGCUGUCUUUGAAGACACUAACAAAGGAGGUGGGGAUGAUCCAAUUCAUAGUGAACAGCCACCUGAGAAACGCAAAGAACCAACGCAUCCUUCGUCACCAGUAACAACUUCUUAUCCAACCCUGGAACCGUUGUCCCAAAAGAAACGUCCUUCAACUUCGGCAGCAGAGCCAUCGGAUAGAUCGAAUGGGACCUAUAACAAAACAGCCUCUAAAAAAGGAAAAAAAGUGAAAAGAACGAAAUCGAUUGAAAGCUCUGCAAAUGCGUCUUAUGUUAAGGAAAAUGGAGAACAGACAGAAGUACAAGUAGAAGAGGAGCACAGUGGAACAACUGAUCCGAGGCAGAUGGACAAGGAUACAAAACAGUCACCAGUAAACAUAGUGGAAGAAAGCGGUUACCUGAGGGAACGGGUGCACCAAUUUUUUAAAGAGAGGUUUUUCCCUGCGACCCAGCAUUUCGAAGCAACGUACAAAAUUGUCUUGAAAAAGAAGGAGAAUCAGGGUUUUAAUUUGCAGAAUUAA